AUGCUGACGGUCAAUCGUCUUUUUUCGAUUUUCUUUUUCACCGUAUUUUUUCUUUGUGUGAAAAGUGAACGCCGAUGUGGAUAUGUGAAUCGAAAAAGCGUAAACUCGACCUUUGAUGAGGCUGAGAUUUUAAUCACCGCCACGGUCAGGGAGAUUCAUCUUGAUUUCGAGACAGCCAAGCCACAGGAAGCCCGUCUCUUUGUGCGUCGUGUCUUCAAGGGAAAAGCGUUGCUCGAGGGACGAGAAGAGAUUUACGUGAAAAUUGAUGAGCAGCUAGUCGAUGGGAAAAGGCAUUGCCGACGACGAUGGGGUGCGGGUGAUACAAAAAUCUUCGCGAUUAGUGUCGAAAAAAAGCGUUUCCAUUCGAAAAUCGCUCCUUUACCGGUGACUCUGUCAAUCCUCGAUGCCCUUCACUCGAUCGUUACUCUACUAUGCGAGCAAAAAAGCUGUCCAUUUGGCUCGAAAUGUGUGCCAGCAACAGGUGAAUGCGAGUGUCGAACGAGUUGUCGCGAUCGGGCGCAACCCGUUUGUGGGAGUGAUCACGUCACUUAUGCAUCGCUUUGUCAUUUGGCGGUUCGUGCAUGUCUCCUCAAAAAGAAGGAUCUUAUGCUUCGAAUUGAGCGGACUGGCGCGUGUGAAAAGAAAAACCCGUGCGAUGACUUGAGGUGUGGGCCCGGAGAGGAUUGCGUUAUUGAGCAGAAAAACGAUGUCCUUUCGGCACACUGCGUUUGCCCGUUGCACUGUCCGAAUUUCGGGGACUCCGUGGAAAGUUCGCCCGUUUGCUCCGUGCAGGGAAGGGAUUAUAAAAGCAUUUGCCAUUUGAAGCAAGAUGCUUGCGAGACAAAGUUGAACAUCACCGUCAAAUACUAUGGGAAAUGUGACCCCUGUGACGGUCAUCUUUGCGCAGCGGGAACCACGUGUAAAGUUGGUGUUCAUCGACGAGCCGAGUGCAGAUGCUCACAACAAUGCCCUUUGAAUCGAGAGCCUGUUUGUGGAACUGAUGGGAAUACAUAUGAGAACGAGUGCGUGAUGAAAGUGGCGGCAUGUCGAGAAGAUCGGACAAUCACCGUUUGGAAGAAGGGCACAUGCAAAGAUUCCGGGAAUCCAUGUGCGGCUCUCUCUUGUCCUCCCGGUUCUCGUUGCUCGCUCAGCCCAUCGGGUGCUCCAAAGUGUGAAUGUGAUGCGAGCUGUCCGCAAAUCGUGAAACCCGUUUGUGCAUCGGAUGGAAUCACCUAUACGAGCGAGUGUGAGAUGCGGAAAUCAUCGUGCGAGGCAAAGAGACGCGUUUACGUGCGACAUACUGGGAAUUGUGGUGUCGGUGUUUGUUCGACGUUCACCGGUUGUCGAGCGCCUCAAGUUUGUGUCCCAAAAGGGGAUCGCCCGAAAUGUGUCUGUCCAGAGUGCGGAGAUGAACUUAAAGAGGUAUGCGGGAGUGACGGGCAAACGUAUGCAAAUGAGUGUCGUCUCCGGCAAUUUGCAUGUCUCUCUGCACAACACGUUUUUGUCAAGUACAAUGGGAUCUGUGAGGGUUGUGAAAAGCUGCGUGACAAGUGCGAGUUCUACUCGGUGUGCGUUUCGGAUGGGAAAGGUGCGGGCAAAUGCGAAUGUCCGGUUGAAUGUCCACUCAACAAUACGUCAACAGACAAGGAUACGAGUGGAGCCGUUUGUGGGACGGAUGGAGUGACCUAUUCAUCGGAAUGUCAUCUCCGCCGAAGCGCAUGUCAACGACGCAAAUUCGUCGUCGUCGCUUUCUUCGGGAAAUGCGAUGCUUGUCAAAAUGUCGAAUGCGGCUAUGGGGAAGAGUGUCGAGGUGGUGUGUGCACGUGUAAUUAUCAUUGUCCAUCCGAUCCACCACCGGCAUCAAGAGUUUGUGGAGAAGACGGGAUUCUUUAUGGAUCGUCGUGUCACCUUCAGUUGGCCGCCUGUCAGAAAGGGGCACCGAUUCUGACGGUUGACGCGGCUUUGUGCCAUGCGCAAAAACAAGUCGUGAAAGUUCUGACUCGUUCCUGCUCUCGAGAGACUUGUGGGUUUGGUGGAGUGUGUAGCUCUCUUUCGAAAUCCCAUUCUUCAAUCGAAUGCCUUUGUCUUCAUCAAUGCUCGGGCACUCUAUUGAUCCCCGUUUGUGGAUCCGAUGGUGUUUUGUAUCGAAAUCAAUGUCAUCUCAAUCUUGAGAGUUGCCGUUUUCAGCGCGAAAUCCUCGCACAACCGCAUAUUGGAUCGUGCUCGAGAGAGAAUGGCUGUAACUGCAAUCGAGUGGGCUCCUAUGGACCAGCAUGCGAUGCAUCUGGACAAUGCCGCUGCCGCCCGGGAGUUGGCGGAACAAAAUGCGAUCACUGUGUCCCGUCCUUUUGGGGUAUUCACCUCAUCGCCAAAGGGGCGCUCUCAUGCGCACCUUGCGGUUGUUCGGCAUUUGGAUCGGCUCGUCCAGACUGUGAACAGAGUACAGGGCGAUGCGAGUGUCUCACAAAUGCGGAGGGAGAGAAAUGCGAGAAAUGUAGAGACGGUUUUCUUCUCACCGCUCAGGGAUGCGUACGGCCGCAUGAUUUCCAGGCGCCAAGGACUUGUUCCGAGCAUCGAUGCCUUCACGGGGCUCGCUGUGUGCAUGCAAGGGGAGAGCUGCCGAGUUGUGCCUGUGAGAUGGGAUGCGAUGAGGCAAAAUUCGGUAUUGCGACGAAUAUGAGCGUUUGUGGGUCGGACGGGCAAACGUAUGAGGGACUGUGUCAGUUGCGGCUUUUCGCCUGCAAACACCAGAUCGAUUUGGUGCCCGUGAGCCUGGGGAUUUGCGAUUCAGAAUUCUCCAAUGCUCCCUCGUUGGAUCGCUCGCAGCGCCAAAAGUCACCAAUGCUUGAGAGACAGCCAGAAAUCGUCACACUUGGAUCUUUCUGUACAUUCAAGACCGAGUGUGCAUCAAUCUCGGCAGAUUGUAUGACUCGAGCCGGUAAGAAAGGACGAUGUCAAUGCGGGAAUGGGACGAUAUGGAAUGGGAAAACGUGUGUGGAAGAGACGAUUGCUCUUCUCCCAUUGAAUCUCCAAUUCGAUGGAAAGCAAACGGCCAAAUUGAAGAGAGUCGACGAAUUGCCGACAAAUUUCAACUUCACCAUACAGUUCUCAGCGGCCGCCUCAAACGGAGCUCUCUUGGAUGUGUUGAUGGUGAAUGGAGAGCGAUUACAAAUGCGAAUCGAUCAACGGAGGAUCUUGUUACAG